AUGGAGACCAAGGGUUCUACAGUAACUAUUUCUUCUUCAACUGCACCCCAAAACAGCUCUGGAGAUACAAAUUUUCGGAUCAGCUCUUCUAACAACAACUGUUGUCCAGAUAGCCAACCAACUGGCCUUACUCAAAGAACUCCCCAGAGCCGGGGCUGUGGGCCCACUCCUUGCCUUUACCGCACCGCUAACUACUUGAUAAGACCCUACCAUUUCCAUCCUUGUCUGGAAGACUACAGCUGGUGCAGCGAAGGCAUUAACAGUCACGAGAAAGAGACCAUGCAGACUCUGAAUGAACGCCUUGCUAGCUACCUGGAAAAGGUGCGGAUGCUGGAAGGGGAGAACUCAGAACUAGAAAACAAAAUCCAGGAGGAGUGCAGCAAGGCACUGCCUGUCCUGUGUUCUGACUACCUAUCCUACUACACCACCAUUGAGGAGCUACAGCAGAAGAUCUUGUGUACCAAGGCUGAGAAUUCCAGACUGGUCUCACAAAUUGACAACACCAAACUGGCUGCAGAUGACUUAAGAGCCAACUAUGAAGCUGAGUUAUCCCUACGCCAGCUAGUGGAAACCGAUGCCAAUGGCCUGAGGCAGAUCUUGGAUGUGCUGACUUUGAGCAAGACUGACAAGGAGGCACGAGUCCAAUCUCUGACAGAGGAACUCCUGUGCCUCAAAACUAACCAUGAAGAGGAAAUCAAUUCCUUACAGUGCCAACUUGGGGACAGAAUCAACAUUGAAGUAACAGCUGCCCCUUCCAUUGAUCUAAAUAAAAUUCUACAAGAAAUGAGAUGUCGUUACGAGUCCAUUGUGGAGACAAACCGUAAAGACAUAGAACAAUGGUUCAAUACACAGAUGGAGGAACUGAAUCAACAAGUAAUAACCAGCUCUCAACAACAACAAUGCUGCCAGAAGGACUUAAUUGAACUGAGACGUACCAUGAGUUCCCUUGAGGUUGAACUGCAGGCCCAACACCGAAUGAGAGAUUCCCAGGAAUGCAUUCUGACAGAGACAGAGGCCCGCUACACAACCCUGCUGGCCCAAAUUCAGGGUCUGAUCCAUAACUUGGAGGCUCAGGUGGCAGACAUCCGGAGUGCCCUGGAAAGACAGAACCAGGAAUACGAAGUUCUGCUGGACACCAAGUCCCGGCUGGAGUGUGAGAUCGCCACCUACCGCAGCCUUCUGGAGAACUUGGAUGGCAGGCUUCCCUGUAACCCAUGUGCCACCAAAUGUGAGCCUUCCUUCCAGGCCAGAGCUGUGGAGUAUUUUACCCCAGUUUAUACAUCUUCAUCACUGCCUGAGAUUCACAAGCCCUGCAGUGCCUCUGGACCCCCAUCCCGGAUACUGGUUAAGAUAUGCACCAUCACCAAGGAGAUCAAGGAUGGGAAGGUCAUUUCUUCUCACGAGCAUGUGCAGCCUUGUUACAUCACCAGACCUGCCAAAGUCUAG